AUGCACGGAUUUAGGUCCGGCUUCAGAUAUUUGGCGCGGGGCGUCCCUCUUACGCUCCCGCGCUUUUAUCAAGGCCCAGUUCGUCGGAGCCCGCAUCCUGCUGCAGUGAAGGCGCCCGCAAGGGGAGUAGCGAGGGCGUUCUUUUCUCGUAGCAAGGCAGGCAAUAUGGCGGAUGGAGCCGGCUCUGCGACAAGCCAGUCCAAGGUGGUGGUGGUGACGGGGGCCACCAAGGGGCUGGGGCGCGCGUUGGUGGUGGAGCUGGCAAAGCGCGGCCACAGGGUGGCGGGGUGUGGCAGGGAUGUGAAGCAGGUGGAAGUGGUGCAGCGAUUGCUGGAUAACACUCGCCCGCCUGCUGCUGCUGCUGCUUCUCCUGCCCAGCAUAUUAUGGUUGCGGUCGACGUUGCAUCAGAUGGUCAAGUCAAGGCAUUUGCUGAAAAUGUCAUCUCAACUAUGGGAGUGCCUGAUAUAGUAGUGAACUGUGCAGGGCUGAUCAACGCGAACAAGAGGUUGUGGGAGGUGCCAUGUGAGGAGGUGGAUCGGGUGUUGGACGUGAACAUCAAGGGCACUGUCAACGUCAUCCGUCACUUCGCCCCCUCCAUAGUGGACCGCCGCCAGGGGGUCUUUGUCAACUUCUCCUCUGGAUGGGGUCGCUCCGUUGCUGCGGAGGUGGGUCCCUACUGCGCAUCCAAGUGGGCGGUAGAAGGUCUGAGCAAGUCGUUGGCGCUGGAGCUGCCUGCUGGCUGUGUGUCUGUGGCUCUCAAUCCCGGAGUCAUCAACACCGCCAUGCUGCACUCCUGUUUCGGUUCCGCUGCUUCCAUGUACCAAACGCCUGAGGAAUGGGCCCCCCGGUGUGCUUCUCUCAUACUUGGCUUGAAGCCAUCGGACAAUGGUGCAUCCUUGACGGUUUGA